UUGGUUUUGCUUUAGAGUGCAGACAAGCUAUCUGCUCAAGAUACUCAGUUUGUCUUUAGUACGACGUUAUCAUGUUUUUCAUUCGCCUCACGGUGUAAUAGCUGUUAGUUAUCGUUUAUGUGGCGUCGUUCAGUCGUAAAGGCGCGAGUGGGAGAUGACAAGCCCCCACUUGGUGUGUUCACAAAACGAGCAGUCACUAGGUAGAAGCAAAUCCCGGAACUUGAAACGGUAGGAAGUGAGCUAACGUUAGCUAGCUUUUUGUUGACAGUGUGCUUGCUGUCAAACCAGAAACCGACCUAAGCAGAAGUACCCGGAGUUAGUUAGCUACCUACUUGGAGACUUCAGCCUGUCGCACUUUUAUUUGGGCCGAAUUUGGUUUGAAGUUCCCGUCACUUUUAACCACUUGUGGCUCUAGAAGAUGGCAUCGAGGGGAAGCUUCACGGGUCCUCCGAUGAAUCCGAGUAUGAGCCCCAUGAACGUUGGGCUUGCCGCGGGCAUGAGGAUGCAAGGAAUGCCCCAGCCUCCGGGGGGAUAUCCCAGAAGCAUGAGCAGCGUUCCCCAAUACCCCCAGCGCCCUGGGAUGCCAUCCAGCAGAGUGGGGGGCCCCAUGGGGUCAAUGGGGGGUCAGCUGCCUGGUCCCUCUUAUGGUAGCAGUAGCAUUCCCAUGCGGGCAGGCAUGGGACCCCCAAGCAUGGACGCCUCUAGGAAACGGUUUCUUCAUCAUCAGCACCACCAACAGCAACAAGAGGCGCUGGGAGGCCUCAGACGAGGAGCAAAAAGGCGCAAGAUGGCUGACAAGGUUCUGCCACAGAGGAUCCGAGAUCUGGUCCCGGAGUCCCAGGCCUACAUGGACCUCCUGGCCUUUGAGAGGAAGCUGGACCAGACCAUCGCUCGAAAGCGUAUGGAGAUUCAGGAAGCCAUCAAAAAGCCCAUUAUGCAAAAGCGCAAGCUCAGGAUCUACAUUUCCAACACGUACACUCCCAGCAAACCCGAGGGUGAGGAGGCGGAGAAGGUAUCCUCCUGGGAGCUGAGAGUCGAGGGCAAACUCCUGGAGGAAGCUGGCAAGCAGAAGAGGAAGUUUUCAUCUUUCUUCAAAAGCCUGGUGAUUGAGCUUGAUAAGGAGCUCUACGGGCCUGAUAACCACUUAGUAGAGUGGCACAGAAUGCCCACCACUCAGGAGACGGAUGGUUUCCAGGUCAAAAGGCCAGGAGACGUGAAUGUUAAAUGCACCCUUCUGCUCAUGCUCGACCACCAGCCCCCUCAGUACAAACUGGAUCCACGGUUGGCUCGCCUUCUGGGUGUACACACACAGACACGAGCCAGCAUCAUGCAAGCUCUCUGGCUUUACAUCAAGAACAACAAGCUGCAGGACAGUCAUGAGAAAGAGUACAUCAACUGCAACCGCUAUUUCAGACAGAUCUUCGGCUGUCCACGCAUGAGGUUCUCUGAGAUUCCCAUGAAACUGGCGGGCCUGCUGCAGCACCCUGACCCCAUUAUUAUCAAUCACGUCAUUAGCGUGGAUCCCAACGAUCAGAAGAAGACCGCAUGCUAUGACAUUGACGUGGAAGUGGACGACCCACUUAAGGGUCAAAUGAACAGCUUCCUGUCUUCUACAACCAACCAGCAAGAAAUCGCUGCCCUCGAGAUGAAGAUUCAUGAAACCAUUGAGUACAUUAACCAGCUGAAGACCGAAAGAGAUUUCAUGCUGAGCUUCAGCAAUAAUCCACAGGAGUUCAUCAAGGAUUGGCUGAAGUCUCAGUCCAGGGAUCUGAAGUUGAUGACAGAUGUGACUGGAAACCCAGAAGAGGAGAGGAGGACCGAGUUCUACCAUGAGCCCUGGGUGCCAGAGGCAGUGGGCAGAUAUGUUUACUCCAAAGUGCAGCAGAGAAGGCAAGAGCUGGAGCAGGUGUUGGGUAUCCGACUCACCUAAGUACAAUUCUAAAGGAGGCACAGCCACCUUAGGUUUACUCAUGAGUUGUUAAUGUUCCACUCAGCUGAAACUGGAAAGAAUUCUUUCACCUUCAAAUGUUCAGAAAGCCAUCGUCACUGACGCAAAGUUCGGGGACCAAAGUGAUGCUUAUAUGACCUUUAAUAAUAUCUUUGCCUUGUAGUAUCUGAUAUAUUGAGCCUGUUUAAAUAACCUUUAUCCUUUUUUAUUUUUGUAAUAUGUUUUGUCUCUGGUACAAAAUGCUGUUUAAGCACUGGUGCUGUUUGGGUGUUUUCACUGUCACUUUGAGUGCUGUUUUGAAAGAGGUAUGUGUUUACCCUUACAUUGAAAAGCCAUAAUUUUUAGAUAAGAGUAAUGCCUGAUCUUCCUGGAGGCAUGGUAGAAUUAAGCAUUUCAUUCCAGUGUGUAUAAUACGUUUAAUGCUUUUGCAGCAUUUUUGAAAGUUGAAAUGAAACAUUCUGAUUUUGUGAAUGUUUACAUGCCGUUUUUAUUUGUUAGUGGGGUGAUUCGAGGGGAAGAGGAGCUGAGGCUCUUUAGAUUGGACGGAUCCAUACCUUCAAAGAAAGUUAACUGCUAUUAAUAAUUUGAUAGGAAUGUAACUGCAGUAUGUCAGCUAAAAAAGGAAAAAAAAAGCGCCAAAAUAUUGUGUACAGUUUAUAGUUUCAUGAGUUAAAGCUUUGCUGUUUUGUUGACUUUUUGUACAUCAGUCUUAAAGUUCUUGAAACAUUCCUUUUUGACAGAUAUCAUUGUGCCAAAAUGUCUUUGGUGAAGAAGGCACAUAAAAUUUAAGAUGAGGUAAAAACGUUGUGUACAAAUGUUAUUUUUGUACAGCUUAUCUUUGUUAAAUGUUUGCAUGUUGUGUAUCAAUCAAAAGCCUUUAUCUUUUAUACAUUUGGAGUAUUUUUUACAAUAAAUAUACUUACAAAUGUU